AUGGAGGGUAAGAGGAAAAAGUCCGCAUCUGCAAUCAUAAAUGAAAACAAUGGGACACAGAUGCGACUGGAAAAGUUGUGUGAAGGGUUAGAAAGACAUACUACCAGUGUACCAGAAGUCGCUGAUAGCAGAAUGAUCACGCUUGAAGCACUCGUCGUGGAUUUGAAAUCGCAGGUGGCCAGGAAAGUUGCUGAAAGCGCUUCUUGA